ACCAUAAAGCCAAAGGAGAUUGAGUAAAGAAACAACAUCAACUCAUCAUCCAUCCAUUAUUCAUCAAUGGCUAAUAAUAUUACUAGAAUCCCAAAUGAAUCCAAGCUUGCUGCAGAUUCUGAUGAUGUAGUGUUCUUAAUGGUGCCAUUUCCAGCCCAAAGUCACUUAAACCAGCUCCUUCGUCUUUCUCACCUCAUCCGCUCUCGGGGCUUCCCCGUUCACUACGCUGCCUCCGCCAUCCAUUGCCGCCAGGUCAAGCUCCGGCAUGACACUCUCCUCCUCAAUACUUCGGGAAUCAUAUUCCACGAAUUGCUCACACCCCCUUUUAACUCCCCCCCUCCUAAUCCAUACUCCUCUGUCAAAUAUCCCCAACAUAUUUGGCCCUCCUUUGAAGCCUCUUUGAAUUUGCGAGAACCUGUAGCCGCCUUGCUACGGGAACUUUCCUCCUCCUCCUCCUCGGUGGCUAAAACUACAACUAGAACUAGAACUAGAACUAGAAGACUGGUCAUCAUCCACGACUACCUAAUGAAUUAUGUGGUCCAGGAUGCUGCCUCUGUUCCGAAUGCAGAGUCCUAUUCUUUCAGUAGUGGCUCCACCUUUUGCACCUUCUGUAUAACGCGCCAGCUCUCCGGGAAACCUUUCCCGGUGGUUGAGCUGGAGCCAGAGGCGAUCCCGAAUCUAGACAAUUGCUUCAUCCCAGAAGUUGUCAAGUUUUUAUCCAUUCAGAAUCAAUAUGAACAUCUCAAACAUGGCACUCUAUUCAGCACAUGUCGAGCAGUCGAGGGCCCUUACCUCGACCUUCUAGCCCAAACAACACAUGCCGACGCAUCCGUUGACAAGAAGACCAAGCAAUGGGCGAUUGCCCCGUUGUUCCCAGUUACAGCAAACAACGACGACGACAAAGCUCAUCCAACCUUGGAAUGGCUAGAUAAACAACCACCAAAAUCGGUGAUAUACGUAUCAUUUGGAUCAUUAACAACCAUGAGCCAAGAACAGAUCAAUGAGCUGGCUCUAGGGUUGGAAGAAAGUAAACAGAGGUUCAUAUGGGUCUUGAGAGAUGCCGAUAGAGGAAACAUUUUCAACGCUGAAUCCACAAUCCUUCCGCUCCCAGAAGGGUUCGAGGAGCGGGUGAAAGGGGUGGGAAAGGUGACCAGAGAUUGGGCACCUCAGCUCGGGAUUCUCCGGCACCCAUCGGUUGGAGGUUUUAUGAGCCACUGCGGCUGGAACUCAUGUCUCGAGAGCCUUACCAUGGGAGUGCCAUUGGCUACAUGGCCAAUGCACUCAGACCAGCCACAUAACGCCUUACUCAUGACCCACAUACUCAAAGUGGGAGUUCAGGUCAUGGGUUGGGGAGAACGGGAUCAACUGAUAACCUCAUCCGUCAUUCAGAAAAGCAUUGAAAAUUUGAUGGCAUCUAGUGAAGGACAUGCGGUUAGAACAAGAGCAGAAGAGCUGGGAAAAAUUAUCAAGCAGUCCGUAGACGACGAUCACUGGGAGUUGAAUUCUUUCCUAACUUACGCAACUCGAUCAAUUAAUUAAUUAAUUAAUACUAUUAAAUAGUUUUUAGUUAAGAUC